AUGGCAUCCAAUUCAAUCAAGGAGACGGCCAAUAACGCCGCAUCGUCCGCCAAACAAGCCUCUAAGAAUAAGCGGAUCUCAGACCUCCUACACCACCCGUGGACGCGCGCCGCCCUCCCCUUCGUCAAUGGCGGCGUGGCCGGAAUGACCGCGACAGUGGUCAUCCAGCCUGUCGACAUGGUCAAGGUCCGUCUCCAGCUCGCCGGCGAAGGUGCAAAGACCGGCCCUCGCCCAUCAGCUUUCGGCAUUACCCGCGAGAUCAUCACGUCCGGCAAAGUGCUCGAUCUAUAUACGGGUCUCUCCGCCGGCCUUCUUCGCCAGGCUGUCUACACGACUGCCCGACUGGGCUUUUUCGACACCUUCAUGAAGGCUCUGAACGCGAACGCCGAGUCCGCCAACCGCAAGGUCACUUUUGCCGAGCGCGCCGCUGCCGGUCUCUCCGCUGGCGGUAUUGCGGCCAUGAUCGGCAACCCGGCCGACCUGGCCCUGGUCCGGAUGCAAAGCGAUGGCCUCAAGCCCGCUGCCGCGCGCGCGAACUACCGCUCCGUCUUCGAUGCGCUGGUCCGUAUCCCUCGGGCCGAAGGCAUCGGCGCCCUCUGGUCUGGUGCCCUGCCCACCGUCAUCCGUGCGAUGGCCCUGAAUAUGGGCCAGUUGACCUUCUUCGCAGAGUCCAAGGCGCAGCUGAAGCAGCACACGAACCUAUCGGUGCAGAACCAGACUUUUGCGGCGUCGGCGAUCGCGGGCUUCUUCGCGAGUUUCCUGUCGCUGCCGUUCGACUUCAUCAAGACCCGUCUGCAGAAGCAGCAGAAGGAUCCCAAGACCGGCCAGUUGCCGUACAAGGGCGUCUUGGAUUGUGCACGCAAGGUUGUUGCGGAGGAGGGCUGGUUGCGCUUCUAUCGUGGUUUCGGCACGUAUUAUGUGCGAAUCGCCCCUCACGCCAUGGUUACGCUCAUUGUCGCCGAUUAUCUUAACCUCAUCACCAAGUAG